GUCUCCGGGGCGCAGAGUCAGGAGGUGUUCAACCCAGGCCAACACCGUUUGAUUGCACACACAAGCGGAGAGGCCCCAGCAAGGUGCUGGUCAGCGGGGAAGUGAACGCAUCUGACCGCCUGCCGAGCUGAGUGAUCAACUUCCUCCUGGCAGUCAUGGCGACCAUUGUGGUGGAGAGAAUUGGGCGAUUGUUCAUCAGCCUGCAGCAGAUCAGGCAGAUUCCCCAAAUGCUCACUGAAGCUGCACCAUCUAUGCCUGACACGGUCAGAGACGCAGACGUCCCUCAUUAUUUCAGGGAGUGUAAUGUGAAAACAGGCUACAGGCCACUUCACCAGAAUUGGCGCUAUUACUUCCUGUCGUUGUUCCAGCGUCACAAUGAGACCAUCAAUAUCUGGACGCACUUGUUGGCCUUUUUAAUUUUACUGAUCAAACUUCGACAUCUUACCGAGACCGUAGACUUUGUGGGUGACCCUCAUUCGUGGCCCCUGUUGAUUCUCCUUCUGUCCUCUUUAACCUACACGGCCUUUAGUGUAACAGCUCACUUGCUGGGCAGCAAAUCUAAGCUGUGCCAUUUUGCCUUCUAUUUCCUGGAUUAUAUCGGUGUGGCACAGUAUCAGUAUGGCAGUGCUGUAGUUCACUUUUACUAUGUCAUGGAUGAAAGCUACCAUCGACACGUUCGUGGGAUCUUCAUGCCAGCUGCCACCCUCCUCAGCUGUCUGUCCUGCCUCGGCUGCUGUUACGGCAAAUACUGCAACUAUGGCCGGCCAGCGUGGGUGCGCAAGGUCGGUCAGGUGGUGCCCUCCGCGAUUGCCUACAUAUGGGACAGCAGUCCUAUCAUUGGGAGACUCUUGUCCUCGUCCAGCGUCACUGAGGACCCUGCACUCAUUUAUCACUUUGGCCAGGUGGGGUUCUUUCUCGGUUGCGCCUUUUUUUUCACCUGUCCAGUUUUUGAACGCUGCUUUCCAGGACAGUGUGAUUUCUUGGGACAGGGUCACCAGGUUUUCCAUGUCUUGCUAUCUUGUUGCACACUGUGUCAAAUCCACGCCUCUUACCUGGACUACAUCGGUCGAAGGGAGCUGUACUCACACCUGCAUGGAAACGGUGAGGCCUUAGUCUUUGUGGGACUCUAUGCUGUCACUUUAGUUGCAUGUGGGUUCAUUUAUGUAGUCAUGCUACGAAAAGCAAAACGAGAGCUUGACCUGAGGUCCGAGUAACACCACUGUUUUCAGUUUUUCUUUCUAACUUAGAUGACUAACAACCUAAUCUGAGGCCAUGCUUUUAUUUUGUCGCUUUCAUUUAAUUGUAGCUCAAACACUGUUAGCACUGUUGCGCACUCUGCCAAAAUAGUCAUUUGAAAGCAUUCACUGCCAGUGUCUUUCACUUAGGCUAAAUAUUUAUCUAUAAGAUUUAUUAAAAUAUCACCACUGUUAGUCGUUAGAAGAUAUUGUGUUAAGUCUCUUACUUGAUUUUUUUUUUAGAAGCACCAGCAAGUAGUUCAUGCAGUACAUGCAGGUUUUUACUUGUCAUGUUAUCGCCAUAUUUAAACAGGGCUAAGUGAAUGUACAGAAAAAUCUUCCCGGGAAAGAAAAUGUUCUUCUGUAAUCUAUGGAGUUUUAAAAUUACACAUAAACAAGUAUAUUUUAACAUGUUCAAAGACAUUGUUACUAAUUUAGCGGAAAUAAUCAUGUUUGGUUUGUGUGUCCUGUAAUGACAAUCUAAGGGACCUUUUGAAACUUCAGCAGCUAAUUGGAUUUUAGCCAUACUUUGAUUUAAUAUCGAAACCUGGGCACAUACUACUGAACAUGGCCUUUUUGAAGCCAAGUUUUUUAAUUGAAUAUAGAAACUUUUAUAUGUUACAUAAAUGUACUACUUAUGCAUAAAGGGACCAUAACUAUGUAAGAUUUAAUUUCGGAGACUUUGAUGCCUACUACUGACCAGGAUACUAUAUGUUUAAUAAAUAUAUUUCUCU